ACCAUUUAUUAGCUGAUAUCGCGCUUACAGCUUCCUGUGAUCUCCCCUUUCCUGUACCAACAAACAACAAGCCCGAUCAGCAGACGACCAAGGCAAGAAAAAGCUUCACAGAAAGACGAGAAGUUUAUAAAGAAUAAGAACAGCUAUUAGGCUAGCAAUUAAUCUUGUCCACCAUGGACCCUACAGACGCUUCCAAUAACCAAACUGGAGGCCCAUUCAUCAUUGAUGAGUACAACUUGGCUCUUUGUGCCAUAGUUACUGUGGCAAUGCAAGCAUCUUUCUUCAUUAUAGCAGCAACAUGCAAGUUUGACAAAGUCACAGAUUUUGCUGGAGGAACCAAUUUUGUUGUUCUAGCUUUGCUGUCUUUCUUUCUUGCUCAGACAUAUGGUGUACGUCAGAUUGUGGCUACUGUCCUGGUGUUUUUGUGGGGCAUACGCCUCUCGGGGUACCUCUUGUAUAGAAUUAUCAAGAUAGGCGAGGAUAAACGAUUUGAUGAUAAGCGAGAAAACUGCCUCAAGUUUGCCGGCUUCUGGAUUUUUCAGGCUGUAUGGGUCUUCACGGUGAGUCUACCAGUCAUCUUCAUCAAUGCUCAGAAACAUGAUGAGGGAACUUCUUUUGAGGCCCUGGACUACGUAGGAACAGUCCUGUUUGGUAUUGGUCUACUAAUCGAGACCAUUGCUGACCAACAGAAGUUUAAUUUCCGGAAUGACCCAGCUAAUAAAGGAAAAUGGUGCCAAGCAGGUCUAUGGAGCUGGUCUCGGCAUCCUAACUACUUUGGUGAGAUCAUGUUAUGGUGGGGGAUGUUCAUCAUGAGCUGUAGUGUAUUAACUAAUGUGGAAUGGAUUGCGGUUCUAAGCCCUCUAUUCAUCUCUGCUAUUCUCCUCUUCCUGAGCGGUAUCCCUCUCCUGGAAGAGAGUGCUGAUAAGAGAUAUGGAGAACUGGAUUCCUAUGUGAUCUUCAAGAAAUCAACGAGUCCAUUAAUCUUGUUCUGGCCACGUCUUUAUCAAGUUCUGCCCUCACCUGUGAAGUGUUUGUUCUGUUGUGAGUUCCCUUUCUAUAAUAAUAUUGGGAAGAACCCUCCUGAUGUCGAGGGCGCCACUGCAAAUGAGCAGACAGGGAUUGCAAGAGCAUAAAUCAACUCAAGUCAAUUGAUUUUUAUUCUGUUCAUUGGAAAUUAGAAUGCUGAUUAAGUAGAGGGUGCCCCUUCGAAUGAACAGAUGAACUUGAAUCAAUUGAUUGUCCUACUUUUUCUGCACUGCGAUAAAUAAUUUGGUAUCAACCACUGACGUAAAUUCAAGCAGUGAAUGAUGUUCAGGGGUAGGGAGGGGGAACUAUUGUGUCACCCCCUCCCAACUUGAUUAGUAUGAUGUCAUAUAUUUACGCCUGUGGUCAGAACUCUCCUUAUAUAAAGGGCACUUCUCAAAAUGAACAAAUUGAAUGAAAAAAAGAAGUAAAUGAGAAUGCUCCUAGAAGGUGUCUUUCACAAGUGAGAUUGCUCCUAUUAUGGAGGGGCUGCUCCAAAUAAAAAUACAGGAACUAU